AUUAGAUUAAAUAUUUAUAAACAUAGAAUUCCAACGAAUUUAAAAUUGACUUUGAAUUAUAUAAUAGGUCAAAUUCAGAUUGGAUCUAAGAUGACUCUAGCGAUUUUGAGUCGGUUUGAAAAGAGGAUCUGGGUCUCAAAAUCGGACUCGAAUUUGUGGGUCUCAAAAAAUUAAACCCAUUUAUUUUUUACACUCGAAAUUGCUGUGUCUCAAAAAAUCAAACCCAUUUAUUUAAACUCGAAUUCGUUAGGUCUCAAAAAAUUAAACCCAUUUAUUUAUUUUGAACUCGAAACCGAACUUGAAUUCACUGAGUUUCAAAAAAUUAGACAGACUCUAAAAAUAAGGACGGGUCCAAUAGAAUAUUAAACCCAUGUGGCCAUGACCAUCCUUAAGUACACUUACUCUACAUCUCAUGACUAUUGCCUAGAAGUACAAAUCUUUUACAAAUCACUAAAGAGAGAAAAAAGGGCAAAAAUGUAUAAAGAGAAGGUGAAAGAAACAUAUAAAUGAGAUGAAAAAGCAAUUACAAAAAUAAAAAUAUAACAACACAUUAAGACGAACUGAAAACAAAAAUACGGCAAAACCCUUGUAACACAAAUAGUAGGAGUAUCACUCUUAGAACAUAGCAGUUACUCUAGUGGACUCACUCUAGGAGCAUACUAUUAGUGUUCAAUAAUUUCUAAUUAUUUAUAAAUCACUAUAAAAAGACAAAAAGAAAAAAUAAUAAUAAAAUAAACAAAAUAAAAAAGUAAAUUAAAAUCACAAAUCUCUUAUCCUAUCAAAUCUUACCACACAAGGAUGAUUACAAAUUAACAUUGUUCUUUAAGAUUUUCUUGCUAGUGUUAGGUCAUUAAUAUUUGAAAUGCAGUGAUCCAAUACCAAGUGGCAAAGUGGCCCCUUAUCUUUAUGCAAUACCUUAUCACUUUACUCCAUUAUUUAAGGGGUGACAAACGAGUAAGUAAUUGCAUUAUCAUUCAAAAGAAAAAUAAAAAAGGAAAAAAUGGGAGUGAUGAGAUCGAAAGCUUUCUUAAUUUUCUUAAUUGUAGUAGUAUUAUUUUCAGCUGCAUUUGCAGGAAAUAAUGCAGAGGAAGAAGAAAAGACAGUUGAGCUUGUUAUGAAUUAUUAUAAGGAUAGUUGUCCUCAAGCUGAAGAUAUUAUUAAGGAACAAGUUAAACUUCUUUACAAACGCCAUAAAAAUACUGCCUUUUCUUGGCUCAGAAAUAUCUUCCAUGAUUGUGCUGUUGAGUCAUGUGAUGCAUCAUUGCUGCUGGACUCAACAAGGAGAAUGAUGUCAGAGAAGGAAAUGGACAGAAGUUUUGGGCUUAGAAACUUCAGAUACCUUGACACCAUCAAAGAAGCUCUUGAAAGAGAGUGUCCUGGUGUUGUGUCUUGUGCUGAUAUCCUUGUUUUAUCUGCUAGAGAUGGCAUUGUUCAGGUUGGAGGACCUCACAUUCCAUUGAAAACUGGAAGGAGAGAUGGAAGAAAGAGCAGAGCUGAGAUGUUGGAACAGUAUCUUCCUGACCAUAAUGAGAGCAUGACUGUGGUGCUUGAUAGGUUUAAGGCCAUUGGCAUUGACACCAAGGGAGUGGUUGCUUUGCUAGGAGCUCACAGUGUGGGCAGAACCCAUUGUGUGAAGCUGGUUCACAGGCUAUACCCAGAAGUAGACCCGAACUUGAACCCGGACCACGUACCACACAUGCUCAAGAAAUGUUAUGACCCGAUUCCUGACCCGAAAUCAGUCCAAUAUGUUCGAAAUGACAGAGGUACCCCUAUGAUCUUUGACAACAACUACUACAGGAACAUAUUGGACAGUAAGGGUUUACUCAUAGUGGAUCACCAACUAGCCACAGAUAAAAGAACUAGGCCUUUUGUGGUUAAAAUGGCCAAAAAUCAAGAUUAUUUCUUCAAGGAAUUUUCAAGAGCACUCACCAUUUUGUCUGAGAAUAACCCACUUACUGGUACCAAAGGUGAGAUUAGGAGGCAAUGCAGUGUUGUUAACAAGCUUCAUUAGAUGAUAAUUAACAAUAUAUUAAUCCUUAAUUACUUCUUAACUAUGGAUUGAUAUGUAAUUUGUGUGUUAAUUAAUCUAGUUUUUGAAUAAGAGAGUAUCGUUACCUUUUGAAUUUUGCUCUAUAAUAGUGGCAUGGGGAUCUUAAUGAUGUCAUAUACCAUGCCAUCAUUUAGUGCAAGUUUCUUUGCUUUCAUGUAAUGGGUGUAGAUGUAUGAUCUUGUGUAAUGAUAAGUGAAGCAUUAGUGUAUAUUCUUCUGUUAUGUAAAAGCUUAAUUCUCUUUUAUGGCA